CUCCCCCUACUUCAGACUUCAGAGUUCAGACCGCUGGUGUUUCCUCUUUUAUCUUCGAGAGCGAGAGAGAAGUGAACUGCCCCCGUCCGUUCGAUCCUUAUCAAAACUGCAUCCUCCGGCGCCUCUGUCUCGCCUCCACCUGCGGGCGGCGCCGCCGCCGUCCCCGUUCCCCUCCUACCCUUCGCUCGGCUGCCAUCACCGGCUCCCUCCCCGGCUAUCGUGGGCCAUCAACACCGCCCCGCCCUUUCCCGCCUCAUCUCCGCCGCUGCGAGGUGUAGAGUGUCGUGGAGGAGGGGGUAGAUUAGGGCACGAGCGGGAGCAGGACUCACAUGCUAGUCGACAGGUGGGGCUGAUUUGGGAUUGCCAUGGCGGCCUUGCUUCGCCUUCGUCCCUUCCCGCUCCUCUGUCCGCCGCCACCGGGCACGCCCCUCCGCAGCCGGCUGCCCGCUUAUUCGAUCCCGAAAUGCUCAUUUCAAUCCGCCGCCGCUGCGGCUCGGGCUCGCAAUCCUCCGUGUCUGGCCGCCGUCAGUGGAGCCGGGUUUGGAGAGCAACGGCGACGCGUGGGUGACGAUUAUGACGACGAUGAAGAAGAAGAAGAGGACGAGGACUUGGGCCAAGCUCUCGAGAGGACGCGGCAACUCGUUGAGUGCGCGAUGUUCGCGUCCGUCGCUGGCCUCGCGUACUUCCUCAGCAACUCCCUCGCCAUCGAGAAUUACUUCAGCUGCUUUUUUCCAUUGCCGAUAGUUAUCUCCUCCUUAAGAUGGGGAUUAGAAGCCGGCAGGAAAACUGCGGUGGCUACAGUUUUACUGCUAUUCACAUUGUCUGGCCCUGUCAAAGCAUCAACUUAUCUGCUCAUGCAUGGAGUUGUAGGUCUGGCCAUGGGUACUAUGUGGAGGCUGGAGACCAAUUGGAUUGUUUCCAUCAUGCUCUGCUCAAUUACUCGUGCUCUGGGGGCUUGUGGAUAUGUUUUAUUGUCGUCAUUCCUGAUAAGAGAGAAUAUUCUUGCACUGAUAACAGUCAAUAUACAUGCUUCCUUAACAUACAUUCUGGCAGCAGCUGGGGUGAACACAAUUCCUUCCAUGGAUGCAAUAUAUGUGCUCUUUGGAACACUGCUUCUACUUAACUGUGGAUUCUUUAUCUUCCUACUACAUAUAAUGUACACAAUAUUCCUGACUAAGCUUGGAAUAAAGCCUUCAUUGAGACCGCCAAGAUGGCUGGACAAAGCGAUUGGAGUUGACAGGUAGAGUGCCAGCAUACUAAUUUGUAGAUGUAACUUGUGCGCUGACUGAAGCUGAAGCAUCCAGUUUUGUUUCCUGAUGUAUAUCCCGCACAGUGGCAGUGCUGACUGCGGAAUUCUUUACGAAAUGAGGAUUCUUGCCCUUUUCUUUGGUAUGCGAAAAAAAUAAUUUGUGAAUAAAAAUUUUAUAUAUGUAUUCUUAGUGAUCUAAAAGCUAAGGUUGAAAAAUA